UAACAAUCCGAAAUUUCUUCAAAUUUAUUUAAUGGGCGAUUGUGAAGAGCGCGUGACUACUCGGUUCCUGUAUAAUUUUAUUGAACAAGCAGAGGAAAGAGCAAUUGUGAUAUUAUUGGAAAAUUUUUUAGAAGAUCACAAUCAACUAAUUCAAUUGAUCAAAAGAGUUUCGCCACGACUGCAAAAUGACAAUUAUCAAAUCGUCAUAAAACCCGACAAAGCACCAUUAGGUAAACAUGCUGGUAGAUUCAACGCUCCAACUGUUGAUGAGGUUGCUGUUAUCAUGGUUGGUGAUCCAGUUGACAAAAGAUCUAUAAAAAUUACACGGCGAGACAACACUGUCGGUUCGAUUUCAGAUCUACACCGUUCAUAUGACGCACUACAAUAUCCAUUGAUAUUUUGGCAAGGACAAGAUGAAUAUCACCUUACUAUCAAACAGUAUGAUCCAAAUACCGGUGAUUACAGAAAUAAUAAAGUUAGCUCAAUGAACUACUACGCACACCGAAUAAUGGUUAGACAACAUCAAGACAAUUAUAUUCUUCGAUAUCGUCAGCUGUUCCAUCAAUACAUUGUUGAUAUGUAUGCUAAGGUCGAAAGCGAACUCUUGCGAUUCCAUCGAUUCAACCAGGCAAAACUACGAUCGGAAGAAUAUAUUCCCUUACGAGAUGCUGUUGCUGGAAACAUCGAAGGAAAUUUAAAUCCCAACGAAAUCAGUAAUGCUUUCAUUCUACCUUCAAGCUACAUCGGCAGUCCACGGAACAUGCAGGAAUACAACAAAAUGCGAUGACUUACUUACGUCAUUACGGCCGACCGGAUUUAUUUAUUACAUUCACAUGUAAUCCUAAUUGGGAAGAGAUACAAACUUUACUAUUGCCAGGACAACAAGCCAUUAAU